CAUCUCCACCCCCAUAUUUACACAAAUGCGUCCACUUCUGGUUGCUCGUGCUGAUAGUCUGCAAAAAUGUCGAGGACUUGACGAUACCAUUUUGGAAGAAGCCGAUCCAGUCAAACCCGUCGAUUUGUCCCCGAGGAGAAGAAUUUCUCACUGGGCGUUUUUUUCCAUACCUCCUCGCCGCCCUUCACGAUUGAAUCGCGAGUGUUUGUGACCUCCACCAGAACCAGAGGGUGGGUGCUGUCGCCGCUCCACUGUGCUGUCCCUCAGCCAAGCUCACUCCCCUGAUCGGUACUCCAUCUCUUCAAGAUGCCUCUGGGGAUCCUCGAAGCAAAGGGGAUCGAGCAUGUUCCUGGCACAACGCAGUACUUUGACGAUCCGUCUCGGCCCCAGGUAGCUGGCGAGCAUCAUGGGAACCUCAAGCGCGUACAAGUUGGGACCGAAACCAUUAUCCUCAUCCCUCAGCCUUCUGAUGACCCAAACGAUCCGUUGAACUGGUCACUUUUGCGACGCGACCUGAUCACCUUUCUACUCUGCUUCGCGGGUAUUCUCGCUACCGCACUCGGCCCUAUCCUCGCUGCCAAUACGAUCACAAUAUCUCUGCUCUUCUCGAAGGACUUCACAAAGGUUGCCCUGUUGACGGGAUAUUUCUUACUGGGUUGCGGUGCUGGCGCUAUUUUCUUCGUUCCGUCCGGCCGCAUCUGGGGAAAGCGACACUUGUUCCUCAUAGGUAUCCUCAUUCUUAUCGCUUCCAGCGCGUGGGCCGGGUCUGUAGGAACCAAUUAUGGAAGUUUCAUUGGAGCCAGAAUUGUUCAAGGCGUUGGUUGCGCACCCUAUGAGAGCUUACUCAAUGCAGCUGUGGGUGACCUCUACUUUGUCCACCAGCGAGGAGUGAGAAUGGCCUUUACGAACCUGGCGGUCUUCGGCGGUGCCUUCUUCACUCCCAUCUUGGUGGGCAAAAUCACUGAUUCCAUGGGAUGGAAGUGGACGUUCUACUUCGUUGCCAUCUUUCUUGCUGCUACGCUCCCGGCCAUUUUCUUCUUCUGCCCCGAGACGGCAUAUCGACGAGAAGCCAGUCUGAACACUGACACUACCGGUGAGCUAGGGAUAGAAUUGACUACCAAGGAUAAACGUCAAGCGCCGUCACCACAGACAGAGUCCGGAUCUUCUCGUUCUCCGGAACCUACCCAGCACUCCACUGGUUUCACCUUCUUGCCUAAGUCCAAUGCUCUUCAACCCAUCGGCCAUUCUAAUACACCUAAGAAGACCUUUCUUCAGUCGAUUUCUCUGUUUGAUGGUCGGAAGACGGAUGAGCGAUACUGGGUCCUUUUGCUGCGACCGUUUCCCCUCCUCACUCAUCCAGCAUUUAUCUGGGGCUGCCUGAUCCAGGGAGCCAUGAUCGGCUGGACAGUAUUUAUCGGAGUUAUUGUCGCCGCCAUUUUCAUAGGGUCUCCUUACUACUGGGACGAGGUUGAUGCCGGCUACACUUACACGGGCCCAUUCAUCGGUGCCGUCCUAGGUUUUGUCUUGGCAGGUCUGCUCGCUGACACAAGUGUCAAGUACAUGACCAAGCUCAACAAAGGCAUAUACGAACCAGAGUUUCGCAUUCUUCUUGUGAUCCCCAUGAUGAUCAUUGGAGGAAUCGGAUUAUAUGGGUUCGCCUUAACGGCACCUGGUGUGGUAAAAAAGGAAUACUCAUAUGUCGUACCUUUGAUAUUUUUCGGAUUUGAAGUCGCAGGAAUGGUCAUUGGUGCUGUGGCCAGCUCACUUUACAUUGUUGAUGCCUAUCGAGAUUUGACCAUUGAGGGCUUCACCAUCAUGAUCAUAUUCAAGAACUUUUUCAGUUUCAUCUUGACUUUCUUUGCCUACAAUUGGAUUAAUGACGGUGGUAUCGAACGAACAAUGCUGGCGAUCGCCUCGAUUCAAGUGGUAGUAUGCCUUCUCAGCAUCCCUAUGUACAUCUACGGUAAGCGGGUGCGAGCAUUCUACUAUCGCCAUGAUUUGCUUGAUAUGACUGGUCUUCGCUAGCUGUUUAAACAGUUUCGAGGAAUUAAGAUGCUCGAUAUAUCAUGAGUUGGGUAAAAGCAACAGAUGCGUUUCUAGAGUACCCAGGGUUGGGUUAUUUUUAAUGUUUAUUUCCUGUUAGACUUCAUAAGGGAGCAUGACACGAUUUUUGGAUAUCAUUGUUAGAUCAUAGCCAUGAGAGUUCGGCGAUAUUGUCGUUAAUACAAUAUGAC